CCAUGACGUCACCACAGAUCAUCACGGAAGUGAACUAGACGACGAAACCAAACAGACAGAAACCCACAUAAGUUGUUGUGGUGUACGCUUCACUAGCAUUUACAGAUAGUCUAUAAUCAUGCUGGGAGGAGGUUUCAAAGCAGAGAGGCUAAGAGUCAACCUGCGUCUGGUCAUUAACCGACUCAAACUCCUGGAGAAGAAGAAAACUGAGCUCGCUCAAAAGGCAAGGAAGGAGAUUGCAGAUUACCUGUCUUCUGGAAAAGAUGAGCGGGCACGGAUCCGUGUGGAGCACAUUAUCAGAGAAGACUAUCUGGUGGAAGCCAUGGAGAUCCUGGAGCUUUACUGCGACCUGCUUCUGACUCGCUUUGGCCUCAUACAGUCCAUGAAGGAACUGGACCCAGGCCUACAGGAGGCAGUGUCCACCCUCAUCUGGGCAGCGCCUCGUAUCCAGGCAGAGGUGUCUGAACUUAGAACUGUAUCCGAGCAGCUCUGUGCAAAAUACAGCAAGGAGUACGGAAAACUGUGCAGGACAAACCAGAUUGGCACAGUCAACGAUAGGCUGAUGCACAAACUGGGUGUGGAGGCCCCUCCCAAGAUCUUGGUGGAGCGCUACCUGAUAGAGAUCGCCAAGAACUAUAAUGUGCCGUAUGAACCUGACGCCAUGGUUCGCCCUGAGGUGUAUCCCGGAGAGGAAGCAGACCUGAUUGACGUGGACAAUGACAGGAGGGGCGGUAGAGGAGGAGGAGGUGGUGGUGGAGGAGGUGGUGGUGGUGGUGGUGGUGGAGGAGGAGGAGGUUUCACUGUUCCUAUGGGUGCCAUGCCUAUGCCCAUGCCCAUGCAUAUGCCCAUGCCACCAGCUUUCAACUAUCCAACCCCCAAAGGACCCGAACCGUAUAAUCCCAUUGGAACCUACAACAACUUCCAGCACCCUAUGGGAGGAGGGCCACCCCCUCAGCUGCCCACCUGCCCCCCCACAUACGAGUCUAUUGAUGACCUAAAUGACAAACCUUUUCCUUCCCAGGCUGUAGGUCCCGGCCCUUCAUCUCAGAUGUUUGACAACAACUCUCUCCCAGAACUCCCCUCGGUUCCCGACACACUCCCCAGUGCCUCUUUCGGCAAAAACACCACCAGCUCAGAUGACAUCGACUUUGAUGACUUAACGCGGAGAUUUGAGGAGCUGAAGAAGAAGACCUAAAUGCUAUAUCACUGGUUUAUACAAAUGUACACACGUACACACUGAGCCUGUGCCGCCACCUAAACAGAACCCAACAUGUUAAAGGUUCAUGGCUCCGAUGUUAAGAUUUGGAUAUUCCCCCCCUCCCAUGGUAAUAUAACAUAGAUAUUUAACAUACCUCUAUUCUUACCUCAUUUUUAUAAACAUGACCUUGAUAGUUAGCAAAAAUCGAACGACUCUUGGCAGUACCAUUGAGUAGCUUAUGUUUUGCUUUCUUUCUGUAGGGCACAUAUUAUAUAUUAGUUCAUGCAAUCAUAUUGGUGUUGACCCCCGUUCACUCCAUUUAGAGUCACACCAACUUUUAUAGUUUUCAAAUUUGCCUGUGUAACAUUUUAUAUAACCAAACUUUUUAAAUUGUUGCUUUUCCAAGGGGUCUUUUGGGGUCUGAAGAAUAUUUUGAAAACAUGCCUUGAUUCUUCUUUGCACAUGCUCUGUUGCUGUGAUCUUUGCCACUGUGUCGCACACUCCUGAAUCAGACUAGCCAAACCAGCCCGACUUGCCGCCCCAGUUUCAUGGGGAGGGGCCAAUCACAAAAGCUAGAGCUUGUUUCCGAGGGAAGGCCCUUUAUGAGUGUUGUGCAGUCAGUCAGUGUAAGCUGUGUAGAAAGCAUAUUUUGAAACACUCCACUUCUUCCAGGUUUAUUUAUAUCAGAAUAAGGACCUAUGAGUCUUCCAGUUAAAGCCCAAUGUGACGCCUUUCAAACAUGUUACAGGUGUGGUGGGGCACAGAUGUAAAGUGAUAAAACAGUGUAUGAUAAUCCUAUCUACACGAACGAUUGAACUGUAAAGCAAUAGUUUAAUUGUAGGGAGUUGUAUAAUAUUUGACAUAUCUGUAAAUCUCCAAAUAGUUGUUUUGCUCCUUUGAACGCCUGUCCUACCAAAUAUCUUCCCCUUUUCUUUUUAUUGUUUAGUACUCAAGCCGUUUUUGUUUGUGUCCCAUACUAGUAUGUGUUCCACUGCAUUUGCCUUAGUUACCAUUUUUCAUCAGAGGCCUUGUCAGUCUGUAGGAUUAUGCAUGUGUUAUCCAUCAGACACAUCUUUCCUGUUAGGAUCAGAUCACACGUUGCUUUAUUUGCUCUGCCCAUGAACAACUCCCUAACAACUUCAGAAUUUGAUGAAAACUGCUGUUCUAGCAAUAGAGAUGUGCGUUGCAGGCUUUUGCUGUACAGAGUGUACACACCCAGCUCUUCUUGCAUGGCAAAUGAAUGGUGGCUUCUAAUAAAUGAUUCAGUGAUCUCUGGAAGUGAAGAAGAGCUUUAUAAAUUAAAGCUUUCCAGCUGGGUGAUGGACACAGUUCAUGGAUAGGUCUAACUUGUGUUGGCGGAGUAUAAAUAUUAACACUAACAGAACUCUGAUCUGCUCACUGUCUUUUCUAUGUCUGACUGUUCUCUCAUGCUAAACAUUGAGAAACACAAUGGUGUCUGAUUGCAGAAAUAAUUAUUUUCCACUGUAUACUGAAGUAACAAUUGAAUAAAAGAUGAUUUAGAACUGGAA